AUGGCUCAUUCUCCUCACGGUGGUGUUCUUAAAGAUUUACAUAUUCGAGAUGCUUACAAACAUGAUGAAUUGCUUCUUGAAUCUGAAAAUUUACCUUCUAUUGUGUUGACUGACCGUCAACUAUGUGAUUUAGAGCUUAUCAUGAACGGUGGUUUCUCUCCUUUGGAAGGAUUUAUGAACCAAUCUGACUACCAAAGUGUUGUAAACGAUCUUCGACUAACAAAUGGUUGUCUGUUUUCGAUUCCUAUCACUUUGGAUGUCUCAGAAUCAGAUAUUAAUGCAUUGGAUUUUGCUCCAAAUAAGCGUGUAGUAUUGCGUGAUCCUCGAGAUGAUGCAAAACUAGCCAUUUUAACCAUUCAAGAUAUUUAUCGACCAAAUAAAAUUGAGGAAGCCAUAAAGGUUUUCGGAGACAAUGAUCUUGCUCAUCCUAGUGUAAAAUAUCUUCACAACAAUGUUAAGGAAUACUAUGUUGGUGGAAAUGUUGAAGCGAUCCAAGCUCCUACUCAUUAUGACUAUAUAUCUCAUAGAUUUACACCAGCUGAACUUAGAGCUCAUUUCAAAAAACUUAAUUGGACACGUGUUGUAGCUUUCCAAACUCGGAACCCAAUGCAUCGCGCUCAUCGUGAAUUAACUGUUAGGGCUGCGAGAAUUCGACAAGCAAAUGUUCUCAUUCAUCCAGUAGUCGGUUUAACCAAACCUGGUGAUAUCGAUCAUUAUACGAGAGUUCGUGUAUAUCAAGCUCUUAUGCCAAAAUAUCCUAACGGAAUGGCUACUCUUGGCUUAUUACCUUUAGCAAUGAGAAUGGGCGGUCCGAGAGAAGCUCUUUGGCAUGCAAUUAUCAGAAAAAAUUUUGGUGCUACGCAUUUUAUUAUUGGUAGAGAUCAUGCUGGUCCUGGAAAGAAUUCGAAAGGCGUGGAUUUUUAUGGUCCUUACGAUGCACAGGUACUCGUUGGAAAAUACAAAGAUGAAUUACAAAUUGAAGUUGUACCAUUCCAAAUGAUGUCUUAUAUUCCUGAUUCUGAUGAAUAUAUGCCAAUUGAUGAAAUACCAAAAGGUACUCAAACAUUAAACAUUUCGGGCACUGAAUUACGAAGGCGUCUUAGAGGUGGCCUUCAUAUUCCAGGAUGGUUUUCAUAUCCUGAAGUUGUAAAAGUACUUCAAGAAACACAUCCUCCAAGAUCCAAACAAGGCUUUACUUUGUUCUUUACUGGCUAUUAUAAUUCUGGUAAAGAUUUAAUUGCUAAAGCUUUACAAGUUAUACUUAAUCAACAAGGUGGAAGAUCAGUAAGUUUGUUAUUGGGUGAAAUCGUGCGUAGCGAACUUUCGUCUGAAUUGGGCUUCUCUAGAAAAGCUCGAGAUCAAAAUAUCGCUCGUAUAGGGUUUGUCUCUGCAGAACUUACAAAAGCCGGUGCUGCUGUUAUUGCUGCGCCGAUCGCUCCGUUUGCAGAUGCACGAGCUCAUGCAAGACAAACGAUAGAACAGUAUGGUGGGUUCUAUUUGAUUCAUGUUAAUUCACCUCUAGAAUACUGUAUUUCAAAUGAUAGAAAAGGUAUCUACAAGAAAGCACAAUCUGGAGAGAUUAAAGGUUUUACGGGUGUUGAUGACCCAUAUGAAAUACCAACAGAUGCAGACAUUGUAGUUGAUCCAAGCGAACAAAGUAUUAGUGAUAUUUGUCACCAAAUAGUCUUGUUGCUUGAAAAGGAUGGUUAUAUAGGUGAAAGAUAA